AAUAAAAGAUGAUUCCUCUUUGUUACCCAGGGACUUGCCUUAAGCACUAAUAACAAUCGAACACAAUUCAUCAGCACUUGCUGAAAACAGCAGCCAAAUACUCAACAUGCCUCUGUAUGAAUUACACAUCGGAACGGGAAUCAUGCAUGUUCUGAAUCUCUCCCCUCCCCCAACCACAUCGUGUGCUGAAAAAUGUGAAUGAGAGUGGAGUCAUGGAUGAAUCUGAUCCCCCCCACCCCCUCUGUCUCCCCCCAUUCCUACUCGGGGUUUCAGAGAUGUGACGCGUGAUUAGCCCACCCACGCAACCACGUGCACGAGGAUACAUACUCACAUAUGAACACGUAACGUAUCUAAUAACCCUGCUCUGGCUGAGGUGAAAAAUAUAAAUAUAUAACUGAGCAUGCAAAAACCUUUCAGAGUAUUCAGGUUAAAAUAACUUUAUAGACAGUUAAUUUAAUUCUUGUUGUCAUCAACUUUUGCAGUGCCAUAUUGCCAUACUAGAUCCUUUAAGAAUGGCUAGUCAUGGGGCGAGCUAAACUGCAACAUAUCUGUAAUAUUUAUUUUUUGAAAAAGUUUUCAUUAAUGUAAAAUAAAUACUCUAUAAAUAAUCAAAUGUAUUCUAUGUUCACUUAUGAAUUUUGUCAUGAUUAGUUAAUUUUAUUAUAAAUAAUGAAGAUGAAUGAAAUUACUGAAUUGUACAUUAACGUUCAAAAGUUUUGGUUCAGUAAGAUUUUUUCUUUUAGAUUUUUAGAAGGUCUUUUAUGCUCACCAAGGCUGCAUUUAUUUGAUAAAAAACAGUAAAAACUUUAUAAUGUAAUUUAUUCCUGUGAUGGCAAAGCUGAAUUUUCAGCAUCAUUACAGCAUGAUCCUUCAGAAAUCAUUCUAAUAUUUGUUGCUCAAGAAACAUUUCUUAUCAUUAUUAUCAUCAUCAAUGUUGAAAUCAGAUAUGCUGCUUAAUAUUUUUGUGGAAACCUAUGAUUUUUGAUGAAUACAAAGUUUAAUAGAACAGCAUUUAUUUCAAAUAGACACCUUUUGCAACAUUAUAAAUGUCUUUACUGUCACUUUUAAUCAAGUUAAUGCAUAAAUCUUAAUGACCCUAAACAUUUGAACAUUUAAUUCAAUAUACAAUAUAACUAAUAACUGUAUGAGUUAUAAGUAUUAAUAAGACACCAGCAACAACAUGACAGUAGAUGCAAAGCAUAAAGCUUUUCAUCUUCAAACCAAGUGCACAUGGUGCAGCCCCAGCCCCCUGUAUCCACCCCAUCCAGCCCCUGCAUGUGCAAUGGAGCCGUGAGCCAAUCAGAUGCCUCCCCCUGACCCAGUCUCUGUCGCAAAACUCAUCUGAUUGGCUAGCAUGUGGCAGAGAGUAGGGAGCUAUACCUGCUGAGAGGGAGAGAGGGGGCUGCUGGGAGGAGCCUGAUCUCUAUGUUUACACAUGAAUCAGGCAGAGUAGGAGAGCAGAGCAUGCGGCAGCGAUGCAAACUCUCUCCAGUCAGCGGCACACGCUCUCAGCCCACCACAGGUGCAGCCCAUGGCAGCUGGAGCUCCCGGUGCUGGGCUGAGCUCUGCAGUGUCGCUGUGUGCGGUGUGGACCGUUAGACUGCUGUGGAACCGGGGAGCUCGGGCAAUCUGGACCGGAGCACAGAACGUGUCUGUAGCAUGUGCACUGGCCAGAGGGAGCUUCUGUUUUGUUCAAGCUGCAUUUUGUGCUGAAAUGCCAGACGUCAGUUACUUGCUGUCUUUUUCGUGGAUGUGUGUUCAGUUCAAAAGGAUGCUGAAUCGAGAGCUAACCCAGUUGUCAGAGACUAGCAAGUCAGGAAACCAGGUCUCAGAGUUCAUCUCUAGCAUCUUCUUAGAGAAGCAACAUGAUAUGGAGAUUAUGUCCCCACCAACCAAGGAGAAGGAGAAGAAGAAGCGGCCCAUGUCUCAAAUCAGUGGAGUGAAGAAACCCACACACAGCUCCAGCGUCGCAGCUUCCAGCAUCCCACGCUUUGGCAUCAGCACUGACCAGGAAGAUCUGCUGGCCAAGGAGUUAGAGGACUUUGACAAAUGGGGUGUGGAUAUUUUCAAAAUAUCCAAGUAUUCUGGCAACCGACCGCUAACGGUAGCAAUGUACACAACCUUUCAGGAAAGAGACCUGUUGAAAUCCUUUAAAAUUCCUGUAGACACAUUCAUUACCUAUAUGAUGGCACUGGAGGAGAACUAUCACUCAGAUGUUGCAUACCAUAAUAGCAUCCAUGCAGCUGACGUGGUCCAGUCCACCAAUGUCCUGCUCUCCACCCCUGCCCUUGAGGCUGUAUUCACCGACCUUGAGAUCUUGGCCGCAAUGUUUGCUAGUGCGAUACAUGACGUGGACCACCCCGGAGUGUCCAACCAGUUCCUCAUCAACACAAACUCAGAGUUGGCUCUUAUGUACAACGAUUCCUCUGUUCUGGAGAACCACCACCUGGCUGUUGGCUUCAAACUGCUGCAGGAAGAAAACUGUGACAUUUUCCAGAACCUGACCAAGAAACAGAGGCAGUCUCUACGCAAAAUGGUCAUUGACAUGGUACUAGCCACUGAUAUGUCAAAGCAUAUGAACCUCUUAGCGGAUCUCAAGACCAUGGUAGAGACCAAGAAGGUGACAAGUCUGGGUGUGCUACUGUUAGACAACUAUUCUGAUCGCAUACAGGUUCUUCAGAACAUGGUGCAUUGCGCUGACCUGAGCAACCCAACAAAGCCCCUGGAGCUGUACCGUCAGUGGACCGAUCGCAUCAUGGUGGAGUUUUUUACUCAGGGGGACCGAGAGAGAGAUAAGGGUAUGGAGAUCAGCCCCAUGUGUGACAAACACAAUGCUUCCAUUGAGAAAUCACAGGUGGGCUUUAUUGACUACAUCGUGCACCCACUGUGGGAGACCUGGGCGGAUCUGGUUCACCCUGAUGCCCAGGAGAUUCUCGACACACUGGAGGACAAUCGUGAGUGGUACCAGAGCAUGAUCCCUCACAGUCCCACUUCUACCCCUGAGGACAAGGGCGUUGUGGUUGGGAUGGGAGCGAUGGGUGGAGGCAUCACCUCAGCGGGGGAGAAAUUCCAAUUCGAACUGACCUUGGAAGAAGAAGGAGAGUCUGAUGUUGAAAGUCCGGUGGAUGAAGAGUUCACUACCAUCGCACAAGAUUCCUCCAGGACAGAUCCAGAAGGCAAACAUCCAUCUUUGGUUCCCCGCACACAGCACGCCAACCUGACCACCCGCUCCCCUGGCUGCAGGACAAUGUCUUUUACGAUGGGCGAGCCCCCAGACAGUGAAGAUGAAGAUAGAGAACUUGACCAAGAAGGGAAAAACGUGUCGUGUCUGCGUCUGGGAACAUAACACUAGUGCACUUUUUCAUUUCGUUUUUGUUUUCUUUCAUACCUCUUCUUUACCACCUACCUAUCCCUCUCCAACCCAUUCUUAGCUUCCUCGGGCAGAGGCGACACAGUGCUGGAGAGCAAAGGAGAGGCAGGAAAGCUUCCACGGGACGUUUUUUUAUACAGUAGUCACCUUGCACUGGACAGAGCUCCUACUCAACGGACUGUCAAACCAUGAAGCUUUCUUAAAACAUUCUCAGUUUCAUGAUUUCGGGGUGCCGUUUCAUGCAGUCUAAGCGUAAAACUGCCUGUGAUACAGACUGAGAGGAAAUGUACUCAAAUGUCUUCCGGUGACAUCCCAGGUUUAAAGUUAACAAACAAGUGGACCUUUGAGAGCCGUCCGAACAUAUUGAUUGAUAAACAGGACACUUUUUAUGUGAGACGUAUGUGCACUAAAAUGUUUUUUUAAAAGAUACACUGUUGACUUAAAGCUGGUCUAUUAGGUAUUAGCUGAACAAAAAAAAACCUAACCUUACAACAGAACAUCUCAGGAUUCAAAGAAACGAUUGCUUUCAUGUAGCAAACAGCUUGAGGGUACCCACAUAGUGACCGCCGUCUUCCUUGGAUCGCUAUAAAAUCUGUAGACUGAAGUCGAGCCAUGAUUGUGAUCUUUUGUGUUUGUAUGUGACGCCACCUAGUGCUUAAUAGUGGAACUGGAGCCACAUUUAUAGGAUUUACCACUCCAGCCGUACACCGUGGCUUUGUAUUGUUGUUCCUUUGCACAGAUGAUACUCAUUUGACUAUUAUAAUUUUUAACUUAAAACCCUUCUCAACUGUAUUUGUAGAAAUGCUGCUUUAAUUUAUGGCAUUUACAUGGUUUACAUAUGCUUCUCAUUUAUUUUUCUAUUCUGCUUCAUCCAAAGCAUGAGCCUAUAAGCAUUAAUAUGUUGUAUGUCACGGUUUUAAAGCUUGCUUCUGAUAUAAUAGGUAGCACUUUAUAGAUAUCUUUGUCAUUGCCAAACGUUGCUCCAUCAGUAAGGGCUGGAGUCAUUAUUAACGUACAGAAGACUAGGAUUGGCUGUGGUCAGCAGGGUAACCAGCAUGUGUACGCGCCCUGUAAGGUGGUCUCUGGAAGGCUGGGCUAGAUUGGAAACCCACAUUAGCUGUAUAGGAAGUGAUCGGUGUCCUUAAACCACAUGUGUACUUUCUCUCUGUUUCUGUGCUGGUCACACUGAAAAUAUGAGGUAUAUUAACAUCUUUUCAAAUGUAUGAUGUCUAAACAAAAGUGAACAUUUUGUUCUAAAACGAGAGCUGUGAGCUGCAAGAGAAAUGAAGUUGUCUAACACAUAAAGCCAAAGUUAGUUUUCUGUGCCAGACCUUUUGUGUUCUUUUGUUUUCGGUGAUUGAUCAGUGCUCUGCUCUUCACAGGGACAUAGCCAAUGACAGUACAAGUGCCAAGCAAGCAUGAUCCAUGCUGUACUGUAAUUUCCAUUUUGCCACUGGCUAAUUUCCAUCAAUGACAUCUACUACUGUCAGUAACAUACUGAUUUGAUCAUUUAGUUUUCUUUUUUUUCAUUAUUCAAAACUGUUUUGUCAAGCUGAAAUUUUAUUUAAGAUUAUUCACAACAGUUUUCAAGUCUUUCUGACUCAAUGUGCUCAUUGUAAGUAAGAUUGUUUGUGUCCUUUUUAUACCAUGGUAUGAAUUUUAAUAUUGGAUACAGUGAAUCUUUGUAUGUAAAUGGAUUACAGUAAACGGGGCUUUUAAUUAUUGGCUAUAUGUUGAUCUUAAUGUCAGUCUGUGCUCUUUACAGCAAUGUUUUGUGUGGUGAAAGAAAGGCUGAGUGGCCAUGAAAGGUUUCGACUUGACUGUACAUGGCACACCUGUGUUUGGUCUCUUUCUGUCGCAGUUCUGACAAUCCCAACAGUACUGUUUACCACUACAACGCUGUUACUAAUGUUGCUGUGAUUGUUUUCCUGUUCCCAAUGCCAAUAAACGAAGAAUAUUAUUAGUAA